UUAUGUCACCUAAAUCCUGCACUAUGUGGUUAGUUGACAUACUCUGGCUUCUUGACAAGGGUAAUACAUGCUGAAUGCAUAUGAAAGUAUAGAGACAAACAGAGCAGGUCGACCCUGCUCUGUUUGUUUGUUUGAGGCGUUUACACAGGACAUAAGGUUAACAAGAGAGCUCAGUCCUACCUGCAGCACUCAGCCUCUGCGCCCCCACAGACCACAUCUGAGGCAUCAUGCCUCCCCCUGGUGUGUGUCUAAACAUAAUUGAAGCUCGUCAAAAACAAAAUGGAUAUGGAAGUGUGUCACUCCCAAACCAGUUCAACAAACAGGACUACAACCAGCUAAAACUGUACUGUCUAAAGCACAAUGUCAGGUUUGUGGACAACACCUUCCCCCCUGAUGUGCACACCAUCGGACAGGGGAUACUAAGUCCAAAUGACAUGCCACGAGUGGAGUGGCAUAGACCUAUUAAACUGUGUCCUAACCCAAGUCUAGUAGUAGGUGGGAUUUCUCGGUUUGACUUUGGACAGGGACUACUAGGUAACUGCUGGUUUCUUGCCGCUAUUGGAUCACUGACAUUUCAAGAUCACAUCUUUAAGCAGGUGGUCCCACUGGAACAGAACUUUGAUGACGACUACUGUGGAAUCUUUCAUUUUAGGUUCUGGAGGUUUGGAAGGUGGGUAGAUGUCGUGAUUGAUGACAAACUGCCCACACUGAACGGAAGACUAAUCUUUGUGUACUCUAAACGCUCUAAUGAGUUCUGGCCGGCUUUGUUGGAGAAAGCCUAUGCCAAGGUGUGUGGUUCAUAUGCUGACAUGAAGGCGGGGGUCCCUGCUGAAGCCCUUGUGGACUUCACUGGAGGUGUUCACUUGUGUGUCCAGCUCUCCGAACCUUCUCUCGACCUGUGGGAACUCAUGUGCAGAGCAGGCAAAUACACUCCACUAAUGAGCUGUGGCACAGCACCAGGGGAGAACAAAGUUCUGCCCACUGGACUGGUCCAAGGACAUGCCUACUCUGUAACUGGGGUAAAACAGGUCCAAAGUCAAGGAAAACCAGUUCAGCUUGUGCGUUUGUGGAACCCCUGGGGCAGAGUGGAGUGGAAUGGAGACUGGAGUGAUCUAUCUCCACUGUGGAAGACUGUUAGCUCCCAAGACCGCGACCUCUGCCACUCAGUGGCUGAUAAUGGAGAAUUCUGGAUGAGCUUCCAGGAUUUCUGCCAGUUGUACACUGACCUGGACAUCUGCUCUCCAAGCCCACAGUUCCUGGAUGGCACUCCAUCCUCUCAGUGGAACAGCCAGAUGUAUGAGGGCAGAUGGGUGGCUGGAACCACUGCAGGCGGAUGCAGAAACUUUAAAGAGACAUUUUGGACUAAUCCUCAGUACCAUAUCGAGGUUGACAAGGACAAUCUGAAAGGUGAUGAGAAGAACAUCCUGGUGUCUCUGAUGCAGGUGCCCGACAAAAGAAACAGACGCCGGGUACAGAACCUCCACAUUGGAUUUACAGUGUUUAAGCUGACAGAAAAUUACAGGUCAACAAGAGGAAAACUGCCCAACUCCUUCUUCAGCAGUAAUGCUCCGAUUUUUCAAACUAUGACAUUUAUGAAUGCACGAGAGGUCAUGGAGUUCUUCUCACUGAAGCCUGGAGAAUACAUCAUUGUACCAUCAACCUUCAGACCCAAUGAAACUGCCUCGUUCAUGCUAACCAUCUGCUCCAAAGCACAAAUCCACAACUGUGACACUUCCGCUGACUUUCAAAGGGAAGAAAUUCAAAAGGUCAAGGUUGUCCCCAAUGCACACGAAGUUCAAAACUGGAAACAAAUAUUCCACCAGUACUCUGAUAAGUAUGGAGAAGUGAAUGCUGAACAACUCCAAAAACUUCUAAAUGCAAAAAUAUUUGAAGGAACCCCUAUAUCUGGGAACUUCAGCAUUGAUGCCUGUCGCAGCAUGGUGGCGCUCUUGGAUACAUCUAUCACAGGAAAAUUGAACAGUGAAGAAUUUGUUCGAUUGUGGAAAAAGACUACCCAAUACAAAGAAAUCUUCUCUCGGAUGGAUGUGUCAAAAACUGGAAGUCUAUCGCUGAGUGAGCUGAGGAAUGCUAUGACGGCAUCAGGUACAAAGGUGAGCGACAACAUGCUUAACCUGAUGGCUGUGCGUUAUGGCGCUUCCUCUGGUCACAUGAGCCUUGAGAGCUUCAUUGGCUUAAGCCUUCGACUCGAGUGCAUGUCCAAAAUCUACCACAAGUUGUCUCAUGGGGAUGCCAUGGUUCUUGGUGAAUCUGAAUGGAUGCACCUUUGCAUGUACACCUAACCAGAGGGCACCCAGACCUCACAAGUGUCUCUCAUAAUUCAUGGAACCAAGGAGUUUUUGAUUUGAGCGACUACAUUUUUGGCAUUUGUGUCAGAUGGAUUAGUUUUCUGUCUUCUUUUUGAUUAAACAAUUUGGUUACAUUGUCCAGUUAAUAUGAUUACAUUGUUAUUGUCAUCUAAAUCAGCAAAUAUAUAUGUAUGUAUAAAGUGCAGGAGAUUACAGUAUAUAAUUCAUGCUGCUUAGCCUGCAGGAAUGUAUCCAGUGUGUAUUUUAAAUGCACCCACAAGCCUGUACUUCAAGUGUAUGAGUUUUAUUGGAUCUGACUCAAUAAUAAAUCUAACAGACAGUGCAUUAGAAUUCUGUACAAAAUUAAA